AUGAAUAACGAGAAAUAUAUAUAGAAUUUGAGUGAUUUCAUUACAAAUGAUUUAGAAAAGGCUUUUGCUAUUAUAAUUUUGAUGAUGAAUACAAUUAUGAUUUUAUGGCAAGCUUCAAAUUUUCAUAAACUUAUUAGAUUCUAUAUCAAAAUAAUGGAUCCAACUCUUUUAAAAAUAAAUACUUUAUUGUUUGUUUUAAGCUUAAGUAAUAAUAUAUUUUAUUUUAAGUAAGGAUUUAAGCAUAUUCUUAUGCUGUUUUUGGGUGUUUUCUAAGGGAACCUGAAUAAUAAUUAUUUCAACCAUCUGUAUUUAGAACAUUACAAUCUUCAAGCUUUAUUUUUUAUGAUCUUGUUUUGGGAGUCAUAGGAGCGAAAUGGUAAAAGAAUAUUCAUUUAUUUAAGGAUCUCAAUAAUACAAAAAUUCUUCAAUUAUUUUAGAUGUAUUUCUAGUAUAGAAAUGAUUAUUAAUUUAUUCUUAUUUAGUUUUUGGUUUGCAUGCCAAAUAUUUUUAUUUGUGGCUGAAUCUUAUCACUAUACAACAUGGAAUUAAGAAAUAGACAAAAUGUAUAAUAAAUAUGAUGGUUAGUUAUUCAAUACUUUAUUUUGUAUUCUCACUUUUAACUUUGAUACUAUUUGUUUUAGGAUGUAUAUUGUUUAAGAAGCAUAUUAAAUCAAUCAAUACUAUUAACUAAAAAUAUAAAAAAUAUGUAUAAUAAAUAAAACAUAAUAAAUUUAGCUUCAUUACUCAAUUGUUUUGCUAAUCAUGGGACAAGCAAUAAGAUUGAUAUUUUUUGGAUUAAGAAUUUGGUAUACUAACUUUUUGAUAUAGUUUAAAUAUGGAUUCAAUAAUGAAAAUACAAAAGAUACUACAUUAUGGUAUUUAUUUAUUAUAUAGGACAAGGUCUUUCAUAUCAUUUGGAUUAUAUUUAAUAAGUGAUUAUAUACCUACUUCAAUACUUAUAUUAAUAUUUUAUCCAAAUAAAUAAAGAUUAAAAUAAAGUUUAAUAGUAGAAUCUGUUGUGGAAAUAGAAUGA